AUGAAACGCCUCUUGUCCUACGAUACUGCAAGAUGCAUACAGGAACGCGGCGAUUUUGCACCCACUUCCCUGCACUCCAUGCACUGGCUGUCACUCUUAUCAGCGCUUGGUCCCAGAUGCCGUUUUCUUUUGAUCUUAUAUAAGGUCAGGUCAAUCGCCGGAUGCUGGCCUGCUUUCUUCUUUGUUUGUCUCUACACAUACUUUUACACAAUGCCUGAGAAGGAACUUAAUUACAUCACCUCGCGUGAGCAGGCCUCCAACGAGAAGGAUGGUGGAGUCUACAUCGAUGCCUUCGACGCUCAGGAUACUAAGGAGCCAAUGACCAGAUGGGAAUCGUUCAAGGAUGGUUUCCGUAGAUUUGACGAGAAGGACUUGGGUCUCGACCCUAACUUGUCGGAGGUCGAGAGAGCUGCUAUCAUUACUGCUAACUCUCCUUUGUCCAGAUCCUUGAAGUCCAGACACUUGCAAAUGAUUGCCAUUGGUGGUGCCAUUGGUACUGGUUUGUUUAUUGGUUCUGGUAAGGUGUUGAGACAAGGUGGUCCCGCCUCCGUCUUAAUUGCCUACUCGUUGAUUGGAAGUAUGAUCUUCUCUACUGUGCAUGCUUUGGGUGAGUUGGCUAUCACUUUCCCUGUUUCCGGUGCCUUCGUCACUUACAACACUAGAUUCAUUGACCCAUCUUGGGGUUUCGCCAUGGCUUGGAACUACGCCUUGCAAUGGUUGGUCGUUUUGCCUUUGGAAUUGGUCGCUGCUGCUAUCACCGUCCAAUUCUGGGACACGAAAACAAAUCCAGCUGCCUACUGUGCCAUCUUCUAUGUUCUUAUUAUUGUCAUUAACUUCUUCGGUGUUAAAGGUUACGGUGAAGCCGAAUUCGUCUUCUCCCUCAUUAAGGUUGUUGCCGUCAUUGGUUUUAUCAUCUUGAGUAUCGUUUUGGUUUGUGGUGGUGGUCCAAAGGGUGGAUACAUCGGUGGUAAAUACUGGCACAACCCUGGUGCUUUUAACAACGGUUUCAAGGGUCUUUGUUCUGUCUUUGUCACUGCUGCUUUCGCUUUUGCUGGUACUGAGUUGGUCGGUUUGGCUGCUGCUGAGUCCGCUAACCCAAGAAAGUCUAUGCCAAAGGCUAUCAAGCAAGUCUUCUGGAGAAUUACUUUGUUCUACAUCGUCUCUUUGAUUUUGGUUGGUUUGCUUGUUCCUUACAACAACCCUGAAUUAGCCAAGGGAGACGGUACCGCUCGUUACUCUCCUUUCGUCAUCGCUAUUCAAAACGCUGGAAUCGGUGGUUUGCCAUCUGUCAUGAAUGUCGUCAUUAUGAUCGCAGUUUUGUCUGUUGGUAACUCUUCCGUUUUCGGCUCUUCUAGAACAUUGGCUGCUUUGGCCGCAGCUGGUCAAGCUCCAAAGAUUUUCAACUACAUUGACAAGAAGGGUAGACCAUUGUUUGGUAUCAUUCUUCAAGCUCUCUUUGGUUUGAUCUGUUUCGUCUCUGCCUCUGGCAAACAAGGUGAAGCUUUCAACUGGAUGUUGGCUAUCUCUGGUUUGUCGUCUCUUUUCACUUGGGGCUCCAUCUGUUUCUGCCAUAUCAGAUUCAGACGCGCUUUGAAAGUUCAAGGUAGAGGCACUGAUGAGCUUGCCUUCAAGUCUCAAGCUGGUGUCAUUGGUUCUUACUACGGUGUCAUCUUGAACAUUUUGGUCAUCAUUGCUCAAUUCUGGGUCGCAUUAUUCCCUAUUGGAGGUAAGCCCGAUGCCAGUGACUUUUUCUCUGCAUUCUUGUCCUUCCCUGUCGUUAUGGCAUUUUACAUUGGUCACAAGAUUUGGAGAAAAAACUGGAAGUUCUACAUUAGAGCCAAGGACAUUGACAUUGACACCGGUAGAAGAGAGUUGGACUUGGACCUUUUGAAGCAAGAGCUUGCAGAGGAGAAAGCUAUUCUUGCCGCCAAGCCAUUCUACUACAGAGCUUGGGCUUUCUUGUGCUAA